UACUUAUUGCGAAGGUGUUUUCGCUUCGUGUUCUAUUUAAACUGUGAAGAAAUACAUUCCAAAAAACUGUAAAAAUGCCACUCGUGCCAAUUUUGUUCCGAGACUGGUGGGAGGACUGCUGGGAUACACCGCUGCAAACGUCCCGACUAAUGGAUCAACAUUUUGGAACUGGUCUCACAGCUGAUGAUCUACUAACGGCUAUUACCUCAUCUAGACACUUGCCACAACAGCAAACUCAUCCAAGAACUGGUUACAAUCGACCAUGGCGUAACACCAGCCUUGUCUCACGGCAGGAUUCUGGUUCAAUGGUUGACAUUAGCGGUAAUAAGUUCCAGAUUAAUUUAGACGUGCAGCAGUUUUCUCCGAAUGAGAUUUCCGUAAAAGCUACCAAUAAUAGCAUUUUAGUGGAAGGAAAACACGAUGAAAAACAGGAUGAACACGGUUUUAUCUCCAGACAUUUCGUGCGGCGGUACAUGUUGCCGGCCGGGCAUGAUCCGGAUGCAAUUGUGUCUUCGCUGUCGUCGGAUGGAAUCCUUACAAUCACUGCCCCAAAAAAGGCCUUGCCAGAACCAGAAGGGCCCAGAACAAUUCCCAUAACCCAAACUGGUCAACCGAUGAAGAAGAUAGCACAAAAAACAGAGGGGAAAUCUGUUGAAAAUUCCAAGGAGACCGGCAAAUAAAUUUGUCGUUAAUCAUGCUCAUUUACAUUCAUCCAUUUAACAUAAACAUUAAAGAAUACUGUAUUUACGCAAUAACACAAAUACCAUGAUCUUUUAAAUUAAAAUCUAAUAUUAAUCAUAUAAUUAGUUGUUAAA